AACCUAGAAUUUUCAGAUUUCGAAGCCUUAUCCAUUCAAAUUCCAACUAUCUUUCACCAGGAUUCUGCUACUGCAUCUGCUCCAACUAAACAAAACAGUCGAGACCAGUCCUAAUUUGCUGGAUCUAACCGCUUUCAUUUACCAGAAUCAUGGGCAAUUGCUGCUCCGUACAAUGUGGUUUAGACAAUUUCCUUCUUCGUGGCUUGGAUUUCAUUGGUGUCCAUGCUAAUUAUGUCUGGAAGCUUAAACAAGAUCUUCCAACUUUAUCUGCUGCUCUUGAAGAACUGAAGGCGCGAAGAGUCGACGUGAAACGGAGGGUUGAUCUUGCAGAACGAAAAUUAUUGAAGCCAUUGGAGGAAGUUCAGCAAUGGCUUUCAACAGCGGGACCUACGAUAACGGAGGCAGAAAAGUUGAUUGAAGAUGGCCGUCAACAAAUGAAUAACUUGUGUCUCGGCGGCUGUGCUUCCAAGAAUUGCCUGUCUAGCUACAAGUAUGGUAAAAAAGUGAACAAAAUGCUUCAAGAAAUAAGUGAUCUUAUGAGGAAAGGAGCUUUUGAGAAAGUAGCAGAGGAUCCGCCCCCAGCUCCAGUGGUAGUAAGACCUGAAGGGCAGGCGGUUGCUCUAGAAUCCACAAUCCAAAAGGUAUGGAGUUGCAUUGUAGAAACAAAUGUGGGGAUCAUUGGUCUCUAUGGCUUGGGGGGCGUUGGCAAGACAACACUCUUGACCAAACUCAACAACAAGUUCAGCACCACACCAAAUGAUUUUGAAGUUGUUAUCUGGGCGGUGGUGUCUAAAGAUUACGAUGUUGGAAAGAUUCAAGAUAGGAUUGGUGAAAAUAUUGGUUUUCCACAAUCCUGGAAGAAUGAAAGUGUUGACCAGAAAGCCAUAGAUAUCUAUAGGAUAUUGAGUAACAAGAGAUUUGUUGUAUUGUUGGAUGAUUUAUGGAAGAAGGUGGAUUUGAACCUAGUUGGGAUACCAGAACCAAGCCAAACAAAGGGUUCCAAACUUAUUUUUACUACUCGAUCUUUGGAUAUAUGUGGCUACAUGGAAGCUAAAACGAAAAUCAAAGUGGAUUGCCUGGAACCGGAGAAGGCUUGGGAAUUGUUCCAAGACAAGGUUGGAGAUGAAGCUCUCAACAGCCAUCCAGAUAUUCCAAACCUAGCUAAACAAGUAGCUGAAAGGUGCGGUGGGCUGCCUCUUGCACUAAUUACAAUCGGUUGUGCCAUGGCUUGCAAGACAACACCUGAGGACUGGAAUUAUGCAAUUGAGAUGUUGAAGCGAUGUGCCGUGCCACAAAUGGAAGAGGAUGUGUUUUCACUUUUAAAAUUUAGUUAUGAUAAUUUGCCUAAUGCCGCAAUGAGAAGUUGCUUCCUAUAUUGUUGUCUGCAUCCUGAAGAUUAUUGUAUUCCCAAAAAGAGAUUAGUGGAAUAUUGGUUUUGUGAAGGGCUAUUGAUUGAAUUUGAUAGAAUUAGUGAAGCUCAAAUGCAAAGUGACCACAUUAUCAACUUUCUUCUGAAUGCUUGUUUAUUGGAAAAUGGUGGUGAAAUACAUGGAGAAGAAUGUGUAAAGAUGCAUGAUGUGAUCCGUGACAUGGCUUUAUGGAUUACACGCAAUUCUGAAGCAACAGAGAAUAACUUUUUUGUAAAAGCAGGGGCUCAGUUAUAUGAAGAACCAGAUGUUAAGGCAUGGGAAAGUGUAAAAAGAAUGUCAGUGAUGACAAAUAAGAUUGAAGUUCUCAAAGAAACACCCAAAUGCCCUAACCUUCGAACCUUGUUUCUUAGCCAAAAUGAGUUGCAAGUGAUCAGCGAUGGCUUCUUCCAAUUUAUGCCUCAUCUGACUGUUUUGGAUUUGUCAAGAAACCUUAGAUUACAUGUGCUGCCUGAGGGAAUUUCACUAUUGGUUUGUCUAGAAUGUCUUGACCUAUCAUUUACUGGUAUUUCAGAGUUGCCAAUAGGGUUGAAAUCGUUGACAAAACUAAAAAUGUUGGACUUGAGUUAUAUGCACAAUCUCAGAAAAAUCCCACAACAUUUGAUAUCUAGUUUUCACAAGUUGCAAAUAUUCAGAAUGUGGUGGUCGGGAUACGGAGAUUAUCCUAAUGAAGACAAUGUUUUGUAUGGUGGUAAUGAAAAGCUUAUAGUGGAGUUGAAAGGUUUGCAACGUUUGAGUAUAAUAAGGAUACAGAAAAGGCAUGCUUUGUCUAGAAAGAUUCCUGAGCCUUAAGCUUUCACACAUUGAGCACAGUUCAAAUUUUCUACUAUGACCAAUUGAGAGAUAUGACCUGACUGAUUUUUGUUCCAAAUCUAAAGACUCUUUGGAUAGCUGGGUGUGCAAAAAUGGUAGAAAUAUUGAGUGAGAAAAAACUUGGUGAAGUUACGGGUGUGACUGGAAUUCCGUACUCUAAAUCAUUUCUGAAGCUUGAAACACUUGAAUUAUUUGGUCUACCGAAAUUGAGGAGCAUAUAUUGGGAUGCCCUACCCUUCCCAUAUUUGAAACUUAUUCGUGUAAAUGGCAAACAAGAAUUGAGGAAGCUUCCUCUCAACUCAGACAGUGCAAAAGGGAAUCUGCUCACUGUUCAGGGAAGAAAAGAUCGGUGGGCAAGAGUAGAAUGGGAAAAUGAAGCCGCUCAAGAUGCUUUUCUUCCUUAUUUCAAGUCUCUUCCUGUAUGAAAUGUAGAAAAACGUAAAAAUUGCAAAAGUGGUUCAUUGUUGUGUGAUGUUUGAAUUUUGAGAAAAUAGCUCUACUUAUUUAGUUGCAGUUUGCAAAUCAUUUUAGACUUACAUGUAUAUAUUUUCUAUUUUUAAAUUAUAUCACUUUUAAUGUAUUAAUAUUUAAUAA